AUGCGGCGCUUCAUUGAGAAAAAUAAAUCCAUUCAGGAGACUCCUCAGCAUUCCUGCGUCAGUGCUGACGUCACAAACAAAGAAAAAGAGGUUUGCCAAGAUUUAAGCCCCGAAGGCAACCCGUUUGUUCCAACAGUCACAGCUAUAUCCUCCACCCCAAAUUUCCAGUGGAUGGUCCAGCCUACGAUGAUCACAUCUGCCUCACCAUCUCUGAGCAAGCAAGCCAAUGAGCCGCAAAGCUCUCACCAGGCAACACCCAAAGCGGGAGGGAACAAGGGGAAAAAUGCUGCCAGAAAGGGGAAAACAGAGCAGCUGUCGCCAGAGGAGGAAGAGAAAAAGAGGAUACGGAGGGAGAGGAAUAAAAUGGCUGCAGCAAAGUGUCGCAACAGGCGGCGGGAACUCACAGACACGCUGCAGGCUGAGACGGACAAGCUGGAGGAGGAAAAAGCAGCUUUGGAGAUGGAAAUCGCCAACCUCCUCAAAGAGAAGGAGCGUCUUGAAUUCGUCCUCGCCACGCACAAGCCCGCGUGCCAAAUGUCAGAGGAGAUGGAGUCCAUUUUCCAGGACUCCACAGGCUCCCCAGAGCUGCCGGCCAGUCCAGGCGAGGACCGACUCCCAGAGGACGGCAUCCAGGAGGCUCCCUCACCCCAGGACAUGGACAUCCCCAGUGAUCCGUCCACAGCCAUCUCCGGGAACUCCAACAUCUUACUGUGCGCCAGCGCUGAGAUCAACAUCUGCGAUCUGGAGCCCUCCCUGGACAUUAAAGAGGGGCUACUAGACAAUAUAUUACCCAGUUUGGAGGAGAAAACCCCCAUGGAGACGGCUCGCUCCGUGCCCGACAUCGAUCUGAGCAGCUCUCUCGGGGUCUCGGACUGGGAGACCCUGUACAAGUCCGUCUCCUGCGACCUGGAGCCCCUCAGCACUCCCGUGGUGACCUCCACCCCCACCUGCAGCAGCUACCUGUCCGUGUUCACGUUUGCGUGUCCUGAGCUGGACUCUCUCACAGACGGACUGGACAGCCUCAAAGGUGGUUUAAGCAAAGCCGAAUCCGUCGAUAUCCUCAACUCUCCAACUCUUCUAGCCUUAUAAUUUUGAGGGAUGUGAUCUGUCUGCGUUUUUAUUGUCUGCAGGUCCACAAAAUCAACAAGUUAUGCCCAAAUAUGCUGUAACACUCCAAGAAAUGCAUAAAGUAAAUGUCUUGUGUUUGACUUAAACGUCUAAACAGAGCAAUGUAGCUGCAAGCAUGGCUUAGAUUU